AUGUCUGGAGACUCCCGCUCACCCCAAUCGCCUCAGGCGCCCUCAGGCUCUGAAUCAGACCUAGGCGGACUCUCACCUUUGUCGUGUCAGCUAUGCAGAUUCCGAAAAUUAAAAUGCGACAAAGCGAUUCCGAUCUGUGGUCGUUGCGCCAAGACAAAUGAGAAAUGCGAUUAUCCGGCUGCGCGAAAGAAGCCAGUGAUCAAUCCGACCAUGAGACCGCGAUUACGCGACAUGCAAAGUCGAAUCAUCAAGAUAUUGACUGAUGUAGGGGAUUUGGAGGCGAGACUUGAAUCACAGAAUAGUCCACCUGAGUUUCAACCCUUCAGCACAGAACUCAUUGACACGGGUCGAUUUGAGAGGUUGCCGCCUCCUCAUAUUGUUGAUGAGCUAACGAGUAUCUACUUCAACAAACUCCAAUCCGACUCAUUCAUGAUUCAUGGUGAGAGGUAUAUUGCCUCUCUGUAUAGGCCAGUACAUAUGCAACCGCCAAUGUGUCUACAAUAUGCAAUCCUAGCCGCUGGAGCAAGUGCAUCGCAGACACACGCAUAUAUGGCCGAGGCCUUUUACGUACGAUCAAGGCAGUAUAUCCAAGCAGACGAGAUGAAGAGCGAUAGUGAACAGGUCUCGCUAGCCCACUGUCAAGCUUGGGUUCUCAUAAGCCACUUCGAGGCACAGCACCUAUGGUUCUCAAGAGCGUCAAUGAGUAUUGCCAGAGCUAUUCGAUUGGCGCACAUACUCGGCCUACACCGUCUAGACGGUAAAAAUGCUGCUGGAUUGACGUUACCCCCAGCACGGGAUUUCACCGAGGAGGAGGAACGGAGAAAGACGUUUUGGACGGUCUUUACGACUGACCGGAUCACGAGCAGCACUGGUGGUUGGCCCACGAUGAUGGACUGGCGAAGCAUACAAACACGGUUACCAACAUCUAUCGACGCUUUUCUAUCCAGCACUCCAGUGGCUACGAUAACGCUCAAGCAGGCUCUCGGCCAAGGCAUGUUCGAGCUAUCCACCAGCGCCUGCAGAGUCGUCGCAGUUCACUUGUUUAACGAAUGCUUCAACUUCUCCAGAGCAAGCGAGGAAGAUGAAGACAAUAACGACUGGACGCAACUUCAAAAACUAGACGAGGCGGUGACCAACGCUUUCGCAACUCUACCUUCGGACUUGCGAUGUCCUGAUAAUAUGGAUAAUCCCGCGGCUGUUCUCAUCAAUUUACAGUUGCAUACAGCGUUGAUAUGCAUUCAUCGUUCAGUAACGACUCGUUCACAGAUUGAUAUGUCGCUUUUGCCACAUAUAAACACUCGAUGCAUGGAGUCUGCACUCCAGAUUAUGAUGACAGUCGCACUGGUCUCAGAUCUGAGUAUCAGGUUCCGGAAUCCCCUUGUGUCAUUCGCCACUUUCGUCGCAGCAUCCUUUUUCUUAACAGACUUCUCGACGACGGGUAAUCGUCAGAGCGAAGAUAACUUUACGGCUCUCAUGAGUGUCAUGUCCGAGGUUGGCAAGACCAACAUGUUUGUGGCGUCGCUGGCUGUUCGGCUGGCGCACAACAUGAGGGCUUCUGCUAUAGAUCAGAAUACAGUGGGAAAGGUUGGGAUGCUCAUGGCCGACCUCGAUAUUGAUGUGCCGAUUCCUGGCCAAGAAGAUGCGGAGAAUGGGAUCGUGGUACUUUGUCCUGUUGCAGGAAAACAUGAUCAUGGUGACGUGGAUCACGAUCCGAUCUGA